UACUUCUGGCCCGUAGGCAAGCCCAAGACCGCAGCCCGUUUUCUCCAACCUUAUCCUCACCGCUGGCAGAGAGAGAGGGAGAGGGAGGUGCCUGUACCAUCGUCUCUCCCAGGAGGACUUCCCCAAAUCGGAAUCAGGCGCAGAGCCGACCUACUCCGAGCUCUCCUCCACGCGAGAGCUCCAGCCGGGCCCGCACCGUAACAGCUGUCGCCUGCCUGUCUCCGCUACACGACGCUCCCUGCCGCGCCGCGCGAGAAGAUUUCAGAAGAACCCAAGGAGAUGCUGCCCCCAACCGGCUCAGGCCGCCUGCGUGGACGCCAAGGUCCGACCGUACCUACCCGCACCGACCGAGCCACCCCGGGCCAGGAUGCCCUAGCUCGCGCCUACAAAGCUGCACGCGCCCACCUGCUCCCUUUGUUCCGCCGCCACCCCUUCAGGAGAGGGGUCUUUGGUUCCUCUCCGUCAUCUCCAAUCUCGGCGAGGCAUCCGACGUCAAGCCGCCGGAAUCGGGGUCGGCCUCUCGGCGGAGCUCGGUGCGUGGCUGUCAAGCGCACGCCUGCUGCCUUCGUCUCUCUGGUGAGCGUCAUCAUUCACCGUCUCUGUUCCCUUUUUCUCUGUGUAUGCCAUGCUUGAUGUCUUGGAUUUCGUCGUAGUGGUGUUCAUGACUAGAACCGUGCCUUGACGCUGCUCUAUUUUAUCCCCGACGUCGUCGACCCCUGUUUUGGGCCGCUGUCUCCAUCUCACGGUGAGCCCACGCGUCUAUUCCCCACUUUCUCCGUGUAAGCUAGUUGUAUGAGUUAUUAGAGUUUGCAUCGUUGCUAGGAAUGUUGUGUGGUGUUUUGGGGUCCUGCCGCCGAAGAUCAUGGUCGCCGGCUGCUGUCUUUGCCCGGUCAACAACGAGGCGUAGUGCGUAGGAUUUUUGUUGCUCCUGUGGUGUGGUAGAGUCUCUUAGAACAGGAUUCUGGUGCGCUAUAGCAGUUUUUCCAUGUUGAGCCACCGUUAGGACCAGCUUCGACGAGCUCUUGGGCCAGCUCCGUCGCAAGUUUGAUGGUGAGACCUACCUGUAUGGGUCGACAUGGUCUCCAGCUCAUCUGGAGGUGUUUUCGUCGCCAGACGUGCGCUCCCGAUGGGGAUCGACUCCCUUCCGAUCAAGAGUGGGUUGAAGACGAUCCCGAAGACCAAGAGUACCGGCCAGAUUUUGAGGAGGAAGAAGAGUGUCAAGAUCCAAACAGCAAGGUCGACACAAAGAGACGAUGCAAGAUUCGGUGUAUCAGGAACGAUAUGGACGAUGUUGAGGGAGCAUGUGCCCGCAAGGAAUGCAUGGUUUGCGGAGGUCCGCAUUCGAGGGGGCAUUGCGAGCAGUAUCCGGGUGACACUCUGGCGUCAGGCGAGAAGGUUAGGCGUGUCCCAGUACGCCAGCUGAAGAAGAAGAAAAAUCCUUCAAAUGAGACUAUUAUUUGAAGUAAGGCAUGACUAUUUCCAUGUUGUAUUACUAAUUAGAUGGUGCUCUAUGUUUGUAACUUUCGUCUGUCUAUGUGUUGAUUGUAAUAUUGGCAUAUUAUUAUAUUACAUAAUAUCCGAACAAUGUGAGUAUGUGUUGUAAUAUGUGGAGCAUGUUGUAUUAUGUACUAUUUAGAGUUACUAGUCAACCUGAGUAUGUGAUGUUA